UUUUUUAAAAUUUUUAUUUCACAACUCUCUCUCUGUCUCUCUCUCUAAACUUGGAGCUCUUAAAAAGCUGAGAGAGACUGAGACACAGGUUGUGAGGCUGAGGAGCUCCAAACCCAGUUGGGUUUUCAAAAAACUCAUCUGAAAGAUUGUAUAUUUUCUACUAAUUCAGAUUUAGAAAGCAAAAACAGGAGAUGGGUAUUGCAAAUGAGGAGGCUGUGAAGGAGUUCCGGUCUUUAAUGGAAGAAAUAGAUGAGCCACUGAAGAACUCAUACAAGAAUAUGCACCAGGGUUAUCCAACAGAAACAUUGGUUCGGUUUCUCAAAGCCAGGGAAUGGAAUGUUGCCAAAGCACAUAAAAUGUUGGUUGAUUGUUUACAGUGGAGAGUACAGAAUGGAAUUGACAAUAUACUGUCGAAACCUAUCAUCCCUAUUGACUUGUACAGAGCAGUGCGAGAUUCUCACCUUCAAGGAUUUUCUGGUUACACAAAACAGGGCCUUCCAGUCAUUGCUAUUGGUCUUGGGCUCAGCACAUUUGACAAAGCAUCUGUAAAUUACUAUGUGCAGUCACACAUCCAGUUGAAUGAAUACAGAGAUCGUGUAGUUCUGCCUUCUGCAACAAAGAAGCAUGGACGACAUAUUGGUACCUGUCUGAAAAUCUUAGACAUGACCGGUUUAAAGCUUUCAGCGCUGAAUAACAUUAAGCUUUUGACUGCUAUAUCUACAAUUGAUGACUUGAACUAUCCUGAGAAGACAGAUACGUAUUAUAUUGUAAAUGCACCCUAUAUAUUUUCAGCAUGUUGGAAGGUUGUAAAGCCUCUUUUGCAAGAAAGAACAAGGCGGAAAAUCCAGGUUCUGCAAGGUUGUGGAAGAGAUGAGUUACUGAAGAUAAUGGAUUAUGGAUCACUCCCGCAUUUUUGUAGAAGAGAGGGCUCUGGAUCGUCCAAGCAUUAUAGAAAUGAGGGCACUGACAACUGUUUCUCAUUAGACCAUGAAUUCCAUCAACAACUCUAUGAUUAUAUCAAUCGGCAAGCUUUGUCUAAAGAGUCUACUUCACCAAUCAAACAGGGGUCAAUGCAUGUAGAUUUUCCGGAGCCAAACCCAGAAGACACCGAGAUCAUGAAGACCAUUCAAACUGAAUUCCACAAGUUAGGAAAUAAGAAUGGGCUUGCCAACUCACUGAAGGGCGUUAAAGUUAAUGGUGAUUGAAGAACACAAAUGUGACAAUUCCAGUCUACAUGACACUGAGACCCAAUUAUCAGAUGGCUACAAUGAGAGGCUGUACUUCAAUUAUCAGAUAACAAAUUCACUUGCAUUGGCUUGAUGCAGGGUUUUUUUUUUAAGUACAAAGCUAACCUGGUGUAGUUUGACCUUACCACCUUGGGGUGGAUGAUCAUAAUGAUAGAUCAUUAAUGUAGAAAGCUUGAGAACAAGUGUAAUCUUUUAUAAUUUAUGUUAAUUGCUUGAGUAAUCCAACUCAGCUUUCUUUUUGACC